CCUUUUGUGAUUUCGUCAAAAAGUGCCACCGAAAUCUCUCACUGAGACAGCUUGAUUGAGGUCAUUUGUCACCGAACAUAAUUAUAAUUGGGCAUAUCAUAUUAAAGCAUCCUGCUCCCUAAGCAAUUAUUUGUGCUAUAAAAAGAACUUAUGCUACAAAGUCAGCUCAGUUUGUUGCGAAAAUGUAUUGGAUCAUCGGAAUACUAGCUGUAGUCGCCCUGCUUGGAGACUGUGCUGUGAUUUCAGAAAACCAACACCGCCUACAGCGAGGCUACAACAACAAUAACAAAAAUGGCGGAUACGGCGGCUACGGCGAGGGGUCACACGGGCAGAGUGGCUACGGGCAGGGCAACUAUGGGCAGGGCAGCUACGGGCAAGGUGGCUACCGGAACAGUGACGAGCGAGACAGCCACAGCAGGGAUGGCUGCUCAGACGACGAGGAUGGUGGAAGAAGUGAUAGCAGUGAGGUAAGCUACGGCAGGCAGGGGGGCGAGCACCGGCACACUCCCAGCUCCAGGAGUCUCGUGAAGACACCCGCCGCCGCUUCUAACCAGAAACAUCGUGCUUGAGGAAUGUUGGAAGGGGCUGUAGUGUAG